AUGGAUAUAUGCAAGCAUCUUGUUUCGCUUAUUGCCAGAGCGUACUAUGAAACUCGUCAUGUCAUUGUUCUUGAUUUGCUGACUCUAAAUGCAUAUUUAAGAGAUGAUCAGCUUGCAUCUGCACUCGGUGUUAAUCACAAGGACCUCCAAAAAAUUUGUGGUAUUCUCCGAGUUCAAGGCAUGCUUAAAGUAGAAACACGAUGGGAGGAGGUGCAGCUUAAAGAGCGGUCUGAUGCUCAGCCACAUACUAAAGCAUUCAAGGACAAGCUAAAAAGAUCCAAAUCAUAUUACUAUAUAGAUUAUCGGCAGUUUGUCAAUGUGGUCAAGUACAAGAUUUACAAGAUUGGAAAAAUGAUUGAAAAAGAAGUCGAAGCAGAAAUCACCCAGAUGCCGUAUAAAUGUCCGUUGUGUAUUAAGGAGUUUUCAGCAUUGGAUAUGCUAUCCUUGGAAAGGACACCAGACAGUUUGCCUUUAUGUGACGUGUGUGGAUCUGAAGUCCAGCUUGACGAAACUACUGGAUCAAAAAAUUCCAGUGCUGCUUACACUAGAUUCAUGAAUGAAAGUCGACCUAUUGUCGAGCUGCUCAAACAAACGGACAAUAUUAUUAUUCCAGACUCCAAGCCCGUGCUUCCAGAACCAGGUGCUGUGGCUCAGGUAAAGGAACUAAAUGAACCCAAGAUUAAAGAAAUAUCAGGAAAUAGCGGUCCACAAAUCGUAGUGGAGCUUGAAGAUAACGCAGAAGAUACGCUUGGUGCAACCGAGACUAUUAACAAUACUGAAGAUGGAGAUGAUGAAUCAAAUGAUCUUGCCAUCUAUUAUUCAAAUCUGGCAAAAUUGACAAAUGAAUCAGCCGUUGGAUUACAUGGCGGGUUAGAUUCACCCGAUGAUGAAGACGAAGAGUUUGAAACAGUCUUACCAGCUAUGACUGCGAACUCCGCUGUGCUUUCUCAAAAACGAUCUGCACCAUCAGAUGAUGAAGAGGAUGAGGAUGAGGAUUUUACUGAGGUGUAG